AUGCUCGGCCCGCAGGGUCACAUUAAGGAGGCGGUGAGCGUGGUAUACGCGAGCCGCACUAAGGCAGACCACAAUGAACCCAUAGUGCCGCCAGGGCAGUUGGCGAAGAUUUGCGCCCAGGAGGAGCUACGCUGGAGUGCGGACACCAUCCCGAUUCGGAGCCACGGAACCAAGGACCUGAGUACGGCCACAAGACGGGUCGGACUUGCCCGAGUCAAGGCCGCCUGCCAGAACUACGACCUGCUCCGCACCUACGAAGGUCUCGGACGGUCUCCCAGCCGCUCCAUCAACUUGGCCGAGUAA